AUGAGAAUUGAAGCUGAAGAAACUGUAGCUGAAUGUGAAGGGAAGGAAGAUCCGAUUUGUGAUGAAUUAAACAGGGUGAAAGGUCUCCGAGUAGAAGAUAUCCUUCGAAUGGAGUUUUGUACUUCUAAAGAAGCACGAUGUUUUUAUAAUAGCUAUAGUCGAUUGAAAGGAUUUUCCAUGAGGCAGGGGAAAAAGGUACCGAAUAAGGUAGGAGAGAUUGUUAGGUAUACAUUCGUGUGCAACAGGAAAGGGUUUCGUGAUAAGAAAUGGUUGGAGAAGGCUGAUCAAAAGAGGGAGCACAAGGUAAUGACUCGUUGUGGCUACUUAGCUGAGAUGAGGAUUAAGCGAAAAGAUGGCUGUGGCAAGGGGCUAUCUGAUGUUGAAAUUGCUCAUUUGACUAGCUUGAGGGAGGUGGGUAUAAGCAUACCAAAAAUAUAUCAGUCAUUUGCAGCACAUGUUGGUGGUUUUAACCUCACCAGGUUCACUAAGCAAGACAUGUAUAACGAGGUUAGAAAGCAAAGAAGCUUGCAGAAUAGGGAUGUUAAUGCAGCAGUUCGCUAUUUGGAAGGUGUAGCUCGUGUGGAUAACAGGAUGUACUAA